CGCUCUUGAGUUCACAUUGAUUCGUCAGUUUUGCGAUCAUUCAGCAUCAUGCCUGAACCAGCCAAGUCCGCGCCUAAGAAGGGCUCCAAGAAGGCCGUCACGAAGACCGCCGGUAAGGGAGGAAAGAAGCGCAGAAAGUCCAGGAAGGAGAGCUACGCCAUCUACGUGUACAAAGUGCUGAAGCAGGUUCAUCCUGACACCGGCAUCUCCUCCAAGGCGAUGGGCAUCAUGAACUCUUUCGUCAAUGACAUCUUCGAGCGCAUCGCCGGUGAGGCGUCUCGUCUCGCUCACUACAACAAGCGCUCCACCAUCACGUCGAGAGAGAUCCAGACCGCCGUGCGUCUGCUGCUGCCCGGUGAGCUGGCCAAACACGCCGUGUCUGAGGGCACCAAGGCCGUCACCAAGUACACCAGCUCCAAGUAGAGUCCCCGAGACUCUCACAGACCCAAAGGCUCUUUUAAGAGCCACCCAUCUACUCCGAUAAAAGAGAUUCUGAUGAUUGAAAUUAUUUAAGUGGUAAGAAGUUGUCACUUCUGCUUUACUGUAUCUCAGUUUGUUUAUAAGUGUUUUGCAUAUUGAAAGUUUAAUACUUUAAUCAGCCAAGAUGUGACUAGUAGACUAAUCCUAUUCUCAGUUUCAAUCACGUGCUUGUGAGUUUAUUCAAAAUUGCUGCUAAUUAUAAGUUCUGAAAAGAUCUAUGAAAAUACAUCUAGAAACUUUUCCUUCGA